AUGGAACGACUGUCGCUGGCCUGGCAUCGAUCCCCUCUUGGUAACGCCAAGAACAGAACGGCUGAUGAUGCUGCAUGCUGGUGGUGGCCCCCUCACCCCCUAACUAUAUCCCCCCCCACCAACACCAUCAUCCCUCACCCCGCAACUAUUCUUCAGGCCAACAGAUCCACUACUGCGCUUCGCUGGGGCCUCACCCCAGACCCCAUCCACACUCCACCAACGUGUAGUAGUGAACUCACCGGAAGAUGGUUGAGGGGCGGCGGUGUUGACUCACAGGAUGGCCUGACUGGCGCUGGCACUGGGUCGAUGACGAGAACAAAGAGGAGACACAGUCACAAGAGAGGCAAGUCACUAGUACACAAGCGAAAGACGACACCACCAUUCAUAGACUGGGGCAUGAGCCAUGAGCCCCUAGGCCAACGUGCAGUAGCAACUACAGCAACCGCCACCCUUGGCUGGCUCACAGAGACUAGGAUGGACUCUUGGCUGCGACGGUGCCACCACGGUCCCCCCACCCUGCCCUGGCCCACUCCCCCUCCCCCCAGCCUUGCAAGCCACUGCGCACCCACAGAGCACCGAGAGCCCUUCCUCCUCACCGACGCUCUCCUGCGACCCUCAGCCGUCGCGACGCUCCACCAUCCCCACCCACUCCAAAUGGACUCGUCUUAUCAACGUCUCUCCACUGAUAACACACAGUUGUCGACGUCAACUACCUCGCCCACAACCCACAACGCCGCCGCCGCCGCUUCCAGUUUCUUCUUAUUUGAAAUUAUUUUAAGAACUUUUAUCGAUGAAUAGAAAAUAAUUGAUUGAUUGGAAUCACAUCGAAGGGGAACUUCCCACCCCUAAGGCUGGCCACUAACGGUAGAACAUACAUGAUACACAUGACGUCAUACAGUUUUGCGUCAUCACAGCAAAAUGCUUCGAGGAAAAAUAUUCGAGAACUGAUCUGUCACUCGGGCUAGCUUCUGCUGUGGAAAUUAGAGUCUACUACUGACAUAAUGUCUCGAACAAAGAGAGUGGAGUUUAUUCCAUACUAGCUGACAGAACCAUUAAAAAAUAAUAGAGGCCUUACUGUGUAUUUGGAUUUAAAUAUCUAUAUAGAUUAAAAGUUUCAAUCGAAUUUCUAUAUUCACAUCAGUACUCACUUAAUGUGGAUGAUAUUACAUUAAUAAGGAAACUAUAUUACAUUUGAAACUA